CCGAUUGUGGUGCCCCAUAUUCCAAGUGAACUCAUCCUUAGCGUACUGAACUGUGGGAUAUCCAAGAUGGCUGCGCCCAUGUGAAAUCACGUCGCUCUGACCAAGAGAAAAACGUGUAGUGAGAUUUAAUCGAAAAUUCCAACUAGAACUCCUACCACGACUGGCAGAAGGAGAUCCUGUUCUAUCACCAUGUUGUUGUCAAGAAUAUCAAGAGCUGCGCUCGGCCAGACUGCAAGAGUUCUGAACAGAGACUACAGCCAACAUUCUCGACCACUCCUUUUAGUACAGUCCCGCUCUCUGUACCAACACCAGGGUGCGUCAGCCUCCAAUAACUACAGUGUGAAAUCAUGGACAAAACAAGAGUCCUACCCUCAACAGUGGACUUAUUGUGUUGUGCAAAGGUGUUACAGUUCCAAGUCCACAGGUAGUGAUAGUACGAAUGACAGUGACAAAAUACAGCAGACGGAAAACACAGCAAGCAAAGAUACAACAACUACUUCUUCUAACAGUCCUUCCAGUACAUCACAAGGUGACAAUGUUCCUACAGAAGGAAGUGUGGAUGAUGGAGAUGAGUUAGUGGAUGAUGAGGAUGUUCUAGCUCCCAGAGCUCCGGAGAUAUUCAAGGAACUGUCGGAACUUGACAGUCUGGAUCUGAGUCCGGAGGAGAAGGAGAGGAAGAGGGCACAGCUGGAACUGGAGCUCAUGUUUGAGAGGUACGAUGUAGAGAAAGUGACCAUCACUGAGCGCCAUAUCGAACAGUUCAUGGGCCUUCACACCAACAAGGCAAGACAGAGGUUUGUCAACUACAUGAUCAAGACUGAAUACAAGAAGAGAAGUUUUGCGGAGAAGAAGGCAGCCAAACAACAGAAGAGAAAGGAGCUGCUGGAAUCGCCUCCCCCCAAAAGUACCACCUUCCAGCCCAUGAUCUGGGGCAGGAAGAUUGAGCUGUUCCAGGGCUGGAACCAGGCUAGGAGCAUGAUGUUCGGCUCUGAUUUGGUGUUUGACUUCAGCUUUGAAGACGAGAUGCAGUUCAGGGAGAAGAUCAACCUGUGCGACCAGCUGAACGAAGCGCUGGGAGCGAACCGGCAGGACGCCGAACCAUUCCACGUGCACCUCGUCAACUUCCGCCCCGACGGACAGACCUACAAGGAGCUCGGUCGCAGCCGCGGAUUCGACGAGAACUUUGCCGAAAAGAUGUUGGGGACCGUCACGGAAAAGUCUUACCUCGACUUGUUCCCGAAGGAGAAACUUGUGUACCUUACGGCAGACUCGCCUCGCGAGCUCCGCAAAUUUGAUCCCGACAAAGUCUACAUCAUCGGCGGCAUCAUUGACCGGAAAAUCACAACGAAUCUAUCAUACGCGAAGGUGAAACGCGAGGGUAUAGCCAGCGCCGCCCUCCCACUGGACAAGUACUUGUGGUGGGGCAUGGGCGACAAAGUCUUAACGUUAGACCAGAUGAUGAGAAUCAUGUUGACGCUGAAGCGUACUAACGAUUUCGAGGCGGCGCUCAAGCACGUGCCCACGCGUAAGCACCACGGGUUGAGAAGCGAGCUAGAGAAGAAAGGGAUUCGCCCCGGAAUGACGCGCGGGAACAAGUUCCAGUAUCAAAGGAGAGGACAGGGAAUGAGAUACGACAGAGAAGAGAGAGAGUCUUUCCCUAGAGUUGAUAGAAGAAGAGCAAAGGCUUGGUAUGAAGAUUAAAGUCACUCAUCUGAUGUUGCAGAUGAAAUAAAAACUAAAGGAGUAAAGGAACAUGGCCACAAGGAAAAA